UUGUUUCGCACUGAGUGCAGUUGAAUUACGCCUUGCAUGCAAAGUAUGACCGAUAAUCAGGCGGGGCCAGUGGCGAAGGAAUCGACAACCAACUGCGAAUGCCCACAGACGGUGCCAUCGACAACAUCCACUGGUGCUGCUGUACCAGCCAGUUGCCCCACCAAUGUUGUGACCAUACCCGUGCCCAUUCUACAAUCGGAGGGCAACUUCGCUUACGUCACCGUUAAGGGUUCACUGCAUGAUUACACCUGUACCGUGUUUGGCUUGAAUCAGGCUGAGGUGCAAGCCCUGUCGAAUCGUCUGUCCGUUAAGCCUUGUGUCAAUGGCGUCCUAGUCGCUGUACCGCCCAUGGUUAUGUUGAAUACUUUAGCCCAACUAAGCUAUAAGGUAGUUUGUAGCUGCGGCGAAGCGGAAAUCUGUUGGACAAUGCAGCGCGAGGUCUAACGAAGUUGGAAAAUUUGAUUCGAAGCACAUUAA